GGAGGGCUGAGCAUGGAGGGUGUUGUCUUCUCAUUCUGACUAUGUGUUAAGUGGCAGAGAAAUUUUGAAAGCUGCUUUGAGGAGGAGCCAGUGGCUGGGCAUGGGGUGUUUUGUGCCUCACUCUCCCCACUUGUAGGAAACCCUCUCUAUAUUCACAGGUAAUUGGACUGGAAGGAAGACAACUGGCCAGGGAAGGAGGCCAUUCUGUCACUCCUCCUCCUGUUGCUUAUCACCUGCAUCCUGAUUCUCUUCCAAAACCACCUCAGCUGUGCCAACGUGGCUGCAGAGCAUCUUGACAAGUGCCAGCAUCUGCUUAGCCUCCCUGUGCCAUCCCAUUAGCAGCUCACCAUCCCUGGCCAUUGGGACCACUCCUGAUGGCUGUGGCCUCCGCUGCCCCAGGGAGCACCUUCUCUAAGCAGCUCCUUUUCUUUCUCCUGGUUCUGGUAUUAUUUUGCGAUGCCUGUCAGAAAAUUUCUCUUCAAGUUCCCUCUCAUCUUAAGGCCCAAACACCUGUAGGCAAAGUGAAUCUGGAGGAAUGUCUCAAGUUGCCCAGCCUGAUCCUGUCCAGUGACCCAGCCUUCAGAGUUCUAGAAGAUGGCACUAUUUAUACAACACGUGACCUGCUUUUGUCUUCCGAAAAGAAGACGUUCUCCAUCCUCCUCGCAGACAGUCAGGGGCAGCAACAAAAGGAGCUAGAUAUUGUCCUGUCAGCCAAAGAAAAAAAGGUUUUUAGGAAGAGGCAUACCAAAGACCCAGUGCAUAAGCGCAGUAAGAGACGAUGGGCUCCCAUUCCAUGUUCGCUGAUGGAGAACUCACUAGGUCCAUUUCCGCAGCAUGUUCAGCAGAUCCAAUCUGAUGCUGCCCAGAAUUACACCAUCUUUUACUCCAUCAGUGGACCAGGAGUGGACAAAGAGCCUGCAAAUUUGUUCUACAUAGAGAAAGACACUGGGGACAUCUAUUGUACAAGAAGCAUUGACCGUGAGCAGUAUGACCAAUUUUUGAUCUACGGAUAUGCAACCACCGCUGACGGCUAUGCCCCAGACUAUCCUCUCCCCUUGCUGUUCAAGGUUGAAGAUGACAAUGACAAUGCCCCAUAUUUUGAAACCAAAUUGACAGUUUUCAGUGUGCCUGAAAAUUGUCGAACUGGAACUUCCGUGGGACAGGUGACUGCCAUAGACAAUGAUGAGCCGGGAACCCUCCACACUCGUCUCAAGUACAAAAUCCUACAACAGAUCCCCGACUACCCAAAGCACUUCUCCAUCCACCCCGACACAGGUGUGAUCACCACCACCACACCUUUACUGGACAGAGAGAAAUGUGAUACCUACAGGCUAGUGAUGGAAGUCCGGGACAUGGGGGGACAGCCCUUCGGUUUAUUCACCACGGGAACAAUCACGAUUUCACUGGAGGAUGAGAAUGACAACUCCCCUUAUUUCACCCAAACGUCUUAUACCACGGAAGUAGAAGAAAACAGAAUUGAUGUUGAGAUUCUAAGAAUGAAGGUACAAGAUCAAGAUUUGCCCAAUACACCUCACUCAAAGGCAGUAUACAAGAUCCUGCAGGGAAAUGAAAACGGAAACUUCAAAAUCACAACAGAUCCGAACACGAAUGAAGGAGUCUUGUGUGUUGUCAAGCCACUGAACUACGAAGCCACUCGGCAAGUCACUCUGCAAAUCGGGGUCGUUAACGAAGCCCAGUUCUCUAACGCUGCCAACGCACAACCCCCCACGAUGUGCACCACGACAGUCACUGUGAAAAUUAAAGACAGUGACGAGGGCCCCGAGUGCCAGCCGCCAGUCAAAGUCAUUCAGAGCAAAGAUGGGCUGCCAGCCGGCCAGGAGCUCCUGGGCUACAAAGCCGUGGACCCCGAAACGAGCAGUAGCGAAGGCCUACGGUAUCAGAAGGUAGGAGACGAGGAUAACUGGUUUGAGAUCAACGAGAGCACUGGAAACUUGAAAACGGUGAAAGUGUUAGACAGAGAGUCCAAGUUUGUGAAAAACAACCAGUACAAUAUUUCAGUCGUAGCGAUGGAUACGGUUGGCCGAUCAUGCACAGGAACAUUGGUGGUUCUUCUGGAAGACUUCAAUGACCACCCACCACAGAUUGACCAAGAUGUGACCAUCUGUCAGCAGGAGAAGGAUUAUGCUGUUUUGGAGCCUGUCGAUCUUGAUGGGCCUGAUAAUGGUCCACCUUUUCAGUUCCUUCUGGAUAAUUCUGCCAACAAACUUUGGACUCUUGAACCACAGGAUGGUAAACGUGCCAUCCUUCGUCAACGACACAAUCUUAAUUAUAACUAUUAUUCUGUGCCAAUCCAAAUACAAGACAGACAUGGUUUCUCUGCAAAACAUGUAUUAUCAGUGAGAGUGUGUGACUGUGCAAUUCCAUCAGAAUGUAGAAUGAGUGCUAAGGAGGAAAGGGAUGUUAAACCAAAUGUAGUCCUUGGGAAAUGGGCCAUUCUUUCCAUGGUCCUGGGCUCUGCAUUACUUUUGUGCAUUCUGUUUACAUGUUUCUGUGUGACUACUGCUAAAAGAACAGCAAAGAAAUGCUUCCCAGAUGAUGUAGCCCAGCAAAAUUUAAUUGUAUCAAAUACUGAAGGACCAGGAGAAGAAGUGACGGAGGCAAAUAUUAGGCUCCCCUCCCAGACAGCCAACAUCUGUGAUGCCAGCACGUCUGUGGGGACUCUUGGUGGCCAAGGAAUCAAGACGCAACAAAGUUUUGAGAUGGUCAAAGGAGGCUACACGUUGGAGUCCAACAAAGGAGGCGGCCACCAGACCUUGGAGUCCAGCAAGGGAGGUGUGCUGGGAGCAGCAGACUCUGGCCGAUACGCUUACACAGACUGGCAAAGUUUCACUCAACCCCGGCUUGGAGAAAAGGUGUAUCUGUGUGGACAAGACGAGGAGCACAAGCAUUGCGAAGACUACGUCCGUGCGUAUAACUAUGAAGGCAAAGGCUCCAUGGCCGGCUCUGUAGGCUGCUGCAGCGAUCGGCAGGAGGAAGAAGGGCUGGAGUUUUUAGAUUACUUGGAGCCUAAAUUUAGGACAUUAGCAAAGACAUGUGUGAAGAAAUAAAGGUGCUGGUUAAUAGAGUGCGAUCUGCAAAUGAAUACAGAGGGAUAGCAGCUUGUGGUAGCAACUUUGCUUAUUAUAAGACGGUAAAGUCUUUUGUAGAUAACGGUGCUUUACCGACAGUACCACCCCGAAAUUCUCCUUGUCUCCAGAACUUCCCGUUGUCUGGACAGGAAGUUGUCACUGUUCCUUUUCUUUCUGUGCAUGUAUACAUUGCCGUUUCAGGACUGGACUACGUGUGAACUUCUGGUGACCUUUGAAACCUAAGCUCUUUUGCACGCUAUGCAAGACUCCAUGGCGAAGUUUGGUCUCGCGGAAACCUAAAAUACGAAUUUGCAUUGUGUAUAUACAAAUCAAACAUGGUCUUCAAUUCUAUUUUCUUUAGUGCUGGGAUACUGUUUUUCCUCUCCCAGAGCAGCUUCAGAUAGAUUUUUAGGUAUUUUUAGGUAGAGCCUUUUGUGUGCCUAAACAAGCUGGAUUCUCACUAUGCUUUUCACUCCCCUGAGGAGCACCGUCUUCACUCAGGAGCCUUCAGAGAUUAGUCCAUCGAUGUCCGUCAGGUGGCUGUGUUAUUGUGUGCUUCCUGGAGCUCCUGUCAAACAACGUGGCCAGAACACCAUGCUCACAGUACCUUGAGCUGCAGAAUUCCGUGCAAACACUGGAAUCCUGAUCUCCACAGGCUGGCUUAGGCUCACAGAUAUAUAUAAUAUAUAACAUUAUAUGUAUAUGUUAUAUAUAUAUGUUAUAUAUAUAUAUGUUAUAUAUUAUAUAUAUAAUUUGUCAAACUUAAUGUGGCAUUAGCUUACAUUAAAAAAUAUAUAAAUAUUUUGGGAAGAAUAUUAGCCUCUUAACUUGAUACUGAUCCACUAUUGCAGGCUUUCAGCUAGUCUCUAUCUUCAAGUCUGUUUCCGAGCAGCCUUAAAGGCAUUAAGCUGUAACUCUGACAUAGGGCCUAGCACUUAACAUGGUCAACACUGAGUUAAUGUCUAUACUGGAACUGAAUAAUCAGUCCAUCUUGGUAAUUACUCAAAGAAAAACUAGAAGGUCAAAAGUAAUUUUGCAUAGAUAUGCAUUAAGAUUAUCGAUCCAUUACACCAACACCUACCAAAUAUGAUUGAAUUCAUAAAUAUUUUAACAUGAGUAAAUAAAUCAAGGUAAAAUAUUUUAAUAAGAUAUUAUUUUUUUGCUCUAUAAAGAAACUAUUGUUAAAUGAUAUUUUGUUAGUCCUUUUUUAGUUACCUAUAAAUAUGUAUCAAGUUACAUGUCAUGGACAAUUUACACUUAAACCAAACUGACUUUUUAAAACCAUUACUUUCUAUCUAUUGGCUAAAACAGAUUUCUGUUUCAUUUAGGUUUGUGACUAGUCCUAUUGGUCUCAGUUAGGAAAGGUGCUUCUUAUUGUGAAAUUGUAUAGUGGAAUAAAAUGGAAUAUGGAGUCAAUAAGCCAGAUUUGAUUUUGUAAAUUCCCCAUAGUAUAUGAUUUUUAUAGCCAUUGAAAGAUAAUGUGGGGUGGGGAUACAAUUUUUACUUUUUGAGGUAAAUGUCACUCUGACAAUGUGGAUUUUGACAAUUUAGGUUCUAAUAGUACCAAUUUGGAAAUGUUUCAAAUGUCACAGUAAGUUACAUUCUUCAGUGUAGUUAUAGAAUAUCCAAUGAGUAGUUACAAAUUAAUCGCUUCACAAUAACUUACAUGUUGUUUGUCUUCAUCUUGCUCUUAUACUUAUUGAAUUAUAGAUGAUGAAACUUGUGCCUAAAUUAAAAAGUACAGUUGAUGUUCACAGGUAAAUUUCUCAUUUAUCAAGAGAAAGAAAGUUAUUAGAUAGUAUGGAAAAUUAAUCAGUAUUAAGCAGUUUUAGUUACUUAAAAUAUUUUAAGACUUAAGAUUUAAAGGAAUUAUAUUUAAUGUUGGAUUUAUUUAGGCAACUCCUAGUAAUUCUCUUUUUGCAUCAAAAAUUAAAUAUUAAUUGUAUGAUGAAUUAAAUCUAUAAAACCCUACCAGGCUGCAAAUUUAGUUUGCUAAUAAAGUACUGUAUUUAAUAAAAAUUUUGAGUUAAUUGCUGAUUUAAUAAAUUAAGCGUUAUAAAAUGUUUUCUAUAUUUCAUAAGAUAUAAGGGAACCAUACAAAUCCAGUUUUCAUCUUUUUGAUUUAGAUUUGAUUUGAUUUGAUCUUUUGGAUUUAUCUGUUUGAUUCAAAUAAUUCAUAAGAAAAUAUCCUUUGGGAAGAUCGGUAGAGAUAAAAUGAUUCAGUUACUUUGAGCAAGCUUCCUCAAGUACUCCAAAAUUUUAAUUCCCAAUGUGUAUAAAAAAAUCUUGCAUAAAACUUGAAACCUGUAUAUACAUUUACAUGUAGAAAUGUCAUUUGGAAAAAGAUCAAAAAUGGUGUCUUAGAACUGAGGAGUUGUACUUUCCCUUUUUUAGCAUACCAGUCGUAAAAGUGGUGUACGGUUGGAAAAUUCUAGAUGAAAUGACAGCCAUGGAAUAGAGUGUUUGUGGCAUUGACCAGCUUACUAUUUUCUCCUCUUAGCUACAGGAACACUGUGUGUGAUUAGACACUGCCUUUGCCUUUCUGCUUAGGAAGGAAUGGAAAAAGUAUAGAAGGAGAAAACGUUCUAAGAGUAGACAGACUUACACAGUGUGUAGGGCCCAAUAAAAUAAGUCAGUAUACAACAAACAUGUCUGGAAUAGAUAUUAUCUGCAAAAGCGAUAAAAGCUAUGCUGUAUCACCUCAGACUCUUUUAACCAACAAUAGCCAUUUUAAGAUGUGUGUGUGUGUGUGUGUGAGAGAGAGAGAGAGAGAGAGGGAGCGAGAGAGCGAAUCAGUAUA